ACAACCAUUGGCCCGGUGUCUGGCGGAGCUGCGCGGUGAUUGGCCUAGAUGCCCGUCAGUUACUUUCGAGAGAAAUCGAGUUUUGCUGUUAGACUGCGUGAGGAAAAGACAGCAAGAGCGCAGGCUGCCGCGCCGCGCCCGUGGAACAGAGCGGGUGAAUACCGAGGCUUACCGGUGCCAGGAGAUUGUGAGCAAGCAGAAGUGAGUACGCCACGGGCCGCGUCUAACGAGCGCCUCUCACGAAUCUUGACACGGAUGGACAGUGGACGGACCAGAGGCAGGGAUGGUCGGCUAUGACCCCACGACAGAUGGCAGGAGCAUCUCCAAGAUUGAGGUGGCCGUGGCUGGCUCUGUGUCUGGACUCGUCACUCGGGCACUGAUCAGCCCCUUGGACGUCAUCAAGAUCCGCUUCCAGCUUCAGAUAGAACGCCUGUCUCGCAGGGACCCCGGCGCGAAGUACCAUAGCAUCCUGCAGGCCACGAGGCAGAUUCUGCGGGAGGAGGGCCCGACAGCCUUCUGGAAAGGACACAUCCCGGCCCAGCUCCUCUCCGUAGGCUAUGGAGCCGUCCAGUUCUUGUCGUUCGAGCUGCUGACCGAGCUGGUCCACAGAGCCACGGCGCACGACGCCCGCGAGUUCUCCGUGCACUUUGUGUGUGGUGGCCUCUCCGCCUGCAUGGCCACCCUCACUGUGCACCCUGUGGACGUUCUGCGCACCCGCUUUGCAGCCCAGGGUGAGCCCCGGGUCUACAGGACCCUGCGGGACGCCGUGGUGACCAUGCACAGGACCGAAGGCCCCUCGGUCUUCUACAAAGGCUUGACCCCCACGCUGAUCGCCAUCUUUCCCUAUGCCGGCUUCCAGUUCUCCUGCUACAGCUUCCUGAAGUCCGCCUCUGACUGGGUCGUGCCAGCCAGCGGGAAGCAGAACGGUGCGGCGCUACAGAGGCCUGUGGGACUGCGCCCAGCGGGUGCUGCAGGAGGAGGGCGCCCAGGGCUUCUUCAAGGGCCUGGCUCCCAGCCUGCUGAAGGCGGCGCUCUCCACGGGCUUGGUGUUCUUCUGGUGCUGUCAGUAUUCCCAGCCCGGAUGGUCAUGGGCGAGUCGGGGAGAGAGGAGUAUAAAAUCCAGUCUUUUGACGCAGACACCCAGCAGCUGCUGAAGACAGCGCUCAAAGAUCCAGGAGCUGUGGACUUGGACAGAGUGGCCAACGUGAUUGUGGACCACUCUCUGCAGGACUGUGUGUUCAGCAAGGAAGCAGGACGCAUGUGCUACGCCAUCAUUCAGGCUGAGAGUACACAAGCAGGCCAGAGUGUCUUCCGACGGGGACUGCUCAACCGGCUGCAGCAGGAGUACCAGGCCCGGGAGCAGCUGCGCGCGCGCUCACUGCAGGCCUGGGUCUGCUACGUCACCUUCAUCUGCAACAUCUUUGACUACCUGAGGGUGAACAACAUGCCCAUGAUGGCCCUGGUGAACCCCGUCUAUGACUGCCUCUUCCGGCUGGCCCAGCCCGACAGUCUGAGCACGGAGGAGGAGGUGGACUGCCUGGUGCUGCAGCUGCACCGCGUCGGGGAGCAGCUGGAGAAGAUGAACGGGCAGCGCAUGGACGAGCUCUUCGUGCUGAUCCGGGACGGCUUCCUGCUGCCCCGCGGCCUCAGCUCGCUGGCCCAGCUGCUGCUGCUGGAGGUCAUCGAGUUCCGGGCGGCCGGCUGGACGACGACCCCCGCCGCGCACAAGUACUACUACAGCGAGCUGCCCGACUAGGCUGCCUGCCACCGACUGGCCUGGGCUCAGGCUUCCAGACGCUUCCGUCUGCACCUGUGUGUGGCCCGCCCUGAGGAGGCCUCCCCCACCACACGGACACCUUCUCUGACCCCGCCCGCACACAUACUACCAUAGAGAGCUGCCCAAGUAGGCUCCGCACCACGGACCGUGGACUGGCUCAGGCUUCUAGACGCUUCCGUCUGCACCUGUGUGUGGCCCGCCCUGAGGAGGCCUCCCCCACCACACAGACGCCUUCUCUGACCCCGCCGUGCAGAGACGAGCAAUACUGACCGGCACUGCACUGUGUAACACAGCUCCGCAGCCACCCCGGUGCCUCAGUUUCCCCAUCUGUAAAAUGGGUAACCACAGCCAUCGGGAUGAUGCUUUGGGUGUCGGGGGCAGAGGCAGAGCACGAGGCGCCAUGUUGCACACAGACCACUUUGCACACAGCGUAGCUCCUCCAUCUGUUUUAAUGAAUGGUGGUAGUGGAUCUCACGCCACAACAGUUCAGGAGGGAAUUUUCUAAUAAACCUUUUCAGAUAUUAAA